ACACCAAACCACCAUUGCAGAAUUUACACACUCUUCGCUGGGAGUUUAGAGAGGAUAUUGGCGCGACGCGUAGGACAAAGAAAGGUUACAGCCAUUAUGACUUCUUCUCUCGAAGGCUGUGUCGCCUCUCUCCGCACCAGCAUGCAACUGCUCGACUCCUCCAUCUCGAUCCUCGAUUCCGGCGUCAAUGACUUCCCAAGGCUAUCGAAGGUGCUGCAAACCACGCGGCACUUCGAACUCAUCGCCGAGCCAGACCUGCACACGGCCCAGUCCACCCUCCUCUCUGAGAUCCGGCCAGAAGUCGAAUCACUCCUCCAACGCGUGGAUAACCACCUUUCCAAACUCGAACGCCGAGAAGACUCCCUACAAAAGAAAUCCGAACUGAACGAGGGCCGCCUCGAGGGGUUCAGACCCAGCAGUCGAACAAGUCACGUGCGGAAGAAGUCAUUCGGGGCAGCAGUAACUGGGGGUAAGGGAAUGACGGCGCUUGAGGAAUUGAAGUUUAAGCAGCUUAGGCAGAAGAAGGAGAGAUUGAGCUAUGCGGUUGAUCGGUUGGAGUUACAGGCGAAGCAGCGGGCGAGGCAAUUGAGGAUGAGUAUGGCGGCACCGCAGCAGUUGUUGGAUGAUUGAGGGUGUUAUGAGUGAGGGGUGUUUGACUUUGGGCGUUGGAGUUUGGAGGGUAUACCCAUGGUUGCGAAUUACGGCUUUGCGAAAAGAGACGAUGAUGAGACCUACUGGACAAGCUUGCUCAUGGUACCGAUUUUGGUUGAAGCGCCUCUAUUUAUAGUGAAUGAUACUCUUUCAAAGUUCCAGGACGUAUGUUAUUCUCAUUCUCAUUCAGCAAAAGAGGGACUCAGGUACUGUGAGCAUGCUAGAGAAAUCCAACAACAUUCGUUCAGUAUAUCCAGAC